GUUACUAAAGUUGUAUCCCAAGGGAUAUUCUACACCAAAUGAUAAAUGGGUAUCCAUAAUUUUGUACCAAGAUGUUGGUGAAAUUUUAAAGGAAGAUGAGAAGAUUUACUUGGAAACAGAUCUGGAUGUUGAAGACCCACGUGGAUCCAAUCAUCUGGCGCGCAACU